CUAGUUUGCCGGUUUCCGUUACAGUUUGAGCAAGCGGGCGAGCGAGCGAGAGGAGAGAGAGUGAGAGAGAGAGACAGAGAGACAGAGUUCGGAACAGAGAAAGGAAAGGGAGAAGCCUUUGCCGAGGACUGCGAACCAUAAUAAUCGUUCACGAUGAUGUCGGAAAUCGGUGAGCACGCUUCGAUGACGGAGUGGAUUGACGAGAAGAUCCAUGAGUAUAAGGGGUCGUCGUCCUCCUCCUCGGAUUCAGAAAACGACAAGCCUUCAUCUCAUGGUUGGAGGAAGAAACAUUUGUUUGGGAGGAAGGCAUCGGUGCAUGCUGUUCUUGGAGGAGGAAAAUCUGCUGAUAUCAUACUAUGGAGAAAUAAGCAGCUAUCGGGCAGCAUACUUGCUGGAGUUACUGUUAUAUGGCUUCUUUUUGAAUGGAUCGGCUAUCACCUGCUGACCUUCAUCUGCCACUCUUUUAUAUUCUCACUGGCUGUGUUUUUUGUCUGGUCUAAUGCAGCAUCUUUUGUCAACAGGUCUCCGCCAAAAUUUCCAGAGGUUAUAUUGCCAGAAGACGUGUUUUUAACCACAGCUCAUGCUGUAAGAUACAAAAUAAAUGAAGCUUUUGCAACCUUCCGCUGUGUCGCUUCUGGGAAGGACUUGAAGAAGUUUCUGAGGGUAAUUGGAGGUUUGUGGAUCCUUUCAAUGGUCGGUAGCUGGUUCAGUUUCUGGACUCUUUUUUACAUUGUUUUCCUAGUUCUGUAUGCUACACCUGUUCUCUAUGAGAAGUAUGAGGACCAUGUCGACAUAGCUGCUGAGAAGGCCAUGGUAGAAAUCAACAAGCACUAUGCAGUUUUUGAUGCGAAGGUACUCCAGAAAAUUCCACGGGGACCUUUCUCUGAUAAAAAGCAACACUGAGAUGGGAAUAUGUUUUGAGUUACCCUUGCCCAGAAUUUUCUGCAACUGGCAUUACUGAUUAAUCCAUGGUCAUGGAGGAGCAAUUUCUGGAGGAUUUAAGUAGAUGGAAAUAACACAUCAAUCGAAAUCCUAUCUACAUAGCAGCGAUGAGGCUCCAGGGAGAUGCUUGAUCCGAAGCAAAUGCAGCAGUGCUAUUUUACGACUCUCACUGAUUUUAUUUUUCCUUCAUAAUGUAAGACGUGAUUCAACAUCUUGAUAUCUUCUUAAUUGGUAAGUCUCCUGUCACUACAUCAUGUUCUCAUUAUUAUUGAACUUAAUC